AUGGUAGGUGAUGGGAUCCUGGGAGUGAGAGGCGUCGAAGCAACCAAACCAGCUAAUGCAAGCACGAGAGAUAGAAAAAGGUGGUUGAAGAGGAGAGAGAGAUGGCUGGUGGUACUUGGUGUGGUUCUACACGCCGUGUACAUGCUUAGCAUUUUCGACAUUUACUUCAAGACCCCCAUCGUACAUGGAAUGGACCCUGUCUAUCCUCGCUUCUCCGGGCCCGCUAGGCGCCUUGUGCUCCUUGUUGGUACUCACACACACCUCCUGUUUGAUGAUUUGUCACUCAACAAAUCUAGCAUACCCCUUUGCCUCACUUGGCCCGUAAUUUUGGCUUUGUCUUUACUAAGCAUUGUCAAAUACCUUACAAAUGGGGCCUGUCAUUGCCUAGAUGCCUUGAGGAACUUCUCAGCCGAUGGUUUGCGGGCGGAUAAGUUUUUUGAGCCUGAUUCGAGAGGAAAUUACAGAGCGCCAUUUCUAAGAAGUAUUAUUAAAGGUCAAGGUCGAUGGGGAGUAUCUCACGCCCGUCCUCCAACGGAAUCGCGGCCUGGACAUGUUGCUAUAAUUGCUGGCUUCUAUGAGGAUCCUAGUGCAGUUACAAAAGGAUGGAAAGCAAAUCCAGUGGAGUUUGAUUCAGUAUUUAAUCGAAGCCGGCAUACAUUUUCUUUUGGUAGCCCAGAUAUUGUUCCGAUAUUCUGUGGUGCUUUGCCUCAUAGCACUUGGAAUACCUAUCCUCAUGAAUUUGAAGAUUUUGCAACUGAUGCAUCUUUUUUGGAUGAGUGGUCUUUUGAUCAAUUCCAGAGCCUUUUGAAUAGGUCCAAUGAAGACCCCAAAUUGGAGCGGCUACUUCUAGAAGAUAAUCUUGUUAUAUUUCUACACCUACUUGGUUGUGAUUCAAAUGGUCAUGCUCAUCGGCCUUAUUCAUCCAUAUAUCUCAAUAAUGUUAAGGUUGUUGACCGGAUUGCUGAGAAGGUUUACAAUCUUGUUCAAAGUUAUUUCAAGGAUGAUCGAACAGCAUAUAUAUUUACAGCUGACCAUGGAAUGAGUGACAAAGGAAGUCAUGGAGACGGGCAUCCUUCAAACACCGAUACUCCCCUUGUUGCCUGGGGAGCAGGUGUUAAACAUCCCAUGCCAACUUCCAGCAGCUACCAUUCUAACAAUGUUGUUCGCUUUGUUGAUGAACAUAUGCAUGACACUCCAACGCCUAUAGAAUGGGGCCUCAAUGGCAUUGAAAGGGUGGAUGUUAAUCAAGCCGAUAUUGCACCCUUGAUGUCAACUCUUCUUGGUUUGCCUUGUCCUAUUAACUCUGUUGGAAAUUUGCCCCUUGGUUACAUUGAUUUUAAUGAGGCAGAAGAAGUUGAAGCAGUGCUAGCAAAUACAAAGCAAAUUCUCAACCAGUUUCUGCGCAAGUCACAGUUAAAGCAAUCGAGUUCAUUACAUUUCAAGCCUUUCAAACCACUUACCAAUUAUUCUUCAGUUUUGGAUCAAAUUGAAUAUCUGAUAUCUAUCAGAGACUAUGAAGCUGCAAUGAAUUUAUCCGAAAAUCUCAGAAGCUUGACCCUGGAAGGACUUAACUAUUUUCAAACUUAUGAUUGGAUGAUGCUGAUGACUGUAAUUACUCUUGGCUACAUUGGUUGGAUGGUUUAUCUUGUGCUUCAUGUUUUGCAAUCUUAUACCUCUUUGCCAAGAAAGAUCUUCAGAAAGGAACAAGUGAGUCACCUGAGAAACAAUAUUGGAAAGGUACACCUCUGUGGAUGUCUAUUAAUGGGCCUAGUCUGUAUUCUACUGUUUUUGGAGCGCUCUCCUCCCCUUUAUCAUGCAUACACUGCAAUGACAGUAUUCCUCUGGACUCAAAUAUUGAGUGAAUAUCAGUUCAUUGAAGCAUUAUGGAAAGAUUUUCAUGGGAAAGAAUCUUACUGCAUCAUUAAAUUAAUAGCGACUUGUAUUGUGGCAGUUUUCAUACUGGAAUUCCUGGUGAAAAGCUUCACUGAGCGGCAACUCUACACUUGGUGUUUCUUGAUUGUAGGGAUCGCUGCUACCAUUUAUCUCCUUUACUCAAUUCCAUGGACAUCAAGAAUACCAAUCUUUGUGUGGCUAGCAUGUUGGUUUUUGUCUAUUUUUACUUUGAUGCCCGCAGAAAUUCCUGAUAAUACUCUGCUAGUAAAUGCUAGUGGCCUUAUGAUUAUUGUGGUUGGAGGAGUUGCGAGGUAUCUGGAUCUGCACACUGAAGACAACAAAUAUUGGCUUAGUCUCCUUACUAGUGACAGGAAGAAACCUAGGUUACCUCUGCUCUUUUACUUGCAGGUGCUCUUGGUGGGGCUAUCUUCAGUGAUGGUGUCGUUGUCAACAUCUCAUAGAACAGAAAAGCAAGAACUUCUUGCAUUUCACCAACUCAUAAACUGGUGCAUUGCUGGUUUUUCAAUGGUUCUGCCACUGUUCUCAUCAACUGGACUCUUGUCCCGCCUUACUUCCAUAUUUCUUGGUUUUGGACCUGCAUUCUUACUUCUAUCAAUUGGAUAUGAAGCUGUCUUCUAUUGCGCUCUUGCCCUUGCACUUAUGGCAUGGAUACUGUUUGAGAAUGCACUUCUCUAUAUGAGUAAGGUGAACAUGUAUUCAAGUUCCAUUAAAUCUGUGGAGGAUAACAUAAUUCUUGAAAGUGAUGAUAGAUGCCUGCAAUUAUCUGACAUGAGAACUCCAUUGACCUUUAUGGUCUUCUUUAACAUCGCAUUUUUUGGAACUGGGAACUUUGCAAGUAUUGCAAGCUUUGAGAUUUCAUCUGUUUAUCGGUUCAUCACAAUCUUCAGCCCAUUUCUGAUGGCAGCGUUACUUAUUUUCAAAUUAUUUAUACCAUUCAUGCUUGUGAUAUGCUCAUUUAGUGCUAUAACGAAAUUAAACCGACUUCCAUUGUUGGGAUGCUAUUUUCUCGUUAUAUUAUGUUCAGACGUAAUGACAAUCCAUUUCUUCUUCCUGGUACGAAAUACAGGAAGCUGGAUGGAAAUUGGUAACAGCAUCAGCCAUUUCGGAAUUAUGAGCGCCCAAGUCGUGUUUGUCCUGUUGCUUUUUGCCCUCACAAAUAUAUACACUAAAGACAUCCAAACUAGAUCAGCUCGGCAGUUUUCUCGAAAAGCAAUGUGAUUCAUAUGAAGUUUGAUUUCACCCUAGUCCAUCAAAGGUGAGCUUAUACAUUGUCAAGGCGGCUUAUCUAGGUACUAGCACAUUUUUCUCAUUUUCCCAUGUUAUAUCUUUGUAUAUCUUCAUGCAACAGUUAUUAUUGCUAUGUAUCAACGAUUCUUUUGACUCAUUUAUUUGACCACUGAACCAGCCCUGCGGGUUUGUUUUCCUAAUCCAUAAGAAC